AUGGAAACAACAAAUACGAAUAAAAUGGUAGGGAACGAUUUGGCAAGGGAAAAUUUUGAGAGCGUUUAUAAUCGGAUAGUAGUUAAAAAAAAAUUAGACAAAAAUGAAAAUAAAAAUAUUUUUCGAGAAAAUUUCGAGGUGCGUGAAAUUACAGAUUAUAAUAUGAUUAUGAAAUAUGAAUACAUGCUGAAAACAUGUUUUUUUAGUAGUAACAUAAAUGUUUUAAAGGCGUAUAGAUUAGUAAAUGAAGAAUAUGAAAAAGAAUUUGAAAAAGUAAGUAAAGAUUUAAAGAGCAAUAUAUUAUAUAGUAUAAUGAAUACAAAUGAAAUAAAUGAUACAAGUGAGCGCAUAGGUGAGUAUUUCACUAAACAUUUUGAUGAGUUAAAAAAAUAUAAUUAUAUAGUCGGGAAUACAAAUUAUCCACAAGGUUUUGAGCAAAAUGCAAAUGGGAUAUUCCAAGUUUAUUUAUUUAAAUUAAUACCUAACAAAACAUUAUUAUUAAAUAAAACAAAUUAUGCAGAUAUAGAUAAUAAUAAAAUACCUGAUAAUUAUGAUUCUAUUGCAAUAGAAAAGAGUUUGUAUUAUGAUAAAAAAAAGGAGGAUUUUGAAAAAAAAAAUAAGCAAAAAUAUUAUUCAAAUGGUAAUAACAAUUCAGAAUAUGAUAUUUCUAAGUCUGGAUUAAUGGAUGGGAUGAUUACAACAUGUAGUAGUAAUAGUUGUAAAAGUGGGUUACAAUACAGUUAUUUAUAUAAAGUUAAAAAUUCAGAGCAAUUAUUGCCAUUAUUUUUAAUUAAAUUCGAAUUCAAAUGUUUAAGAGUAGAUAUAAGUAUACCGAUUUGUGAAAGUUGUUCAAUUAAUAAUGCCCUUUAUUAUUGUUAUAAUGAUAAGGUACAUUUAUGUGAUAUUUGUGAUAUUAAACAUCAUGAGAAAAAUAUAAUUUUAAAAAAUCAUAAAAGAAUACAUAUAUCUGAAUCUCCUUUUCAAUUUGGUAAAUGCCCAUAUCAUCCUAGUGAAUUAGUUGAAACAAUUUGCAUGAAAUGUUUUUGUAGUUUGUGUUCAAAUUGUAUAUUAAUAGGAAACCAUUCUAAAGGUAGUUAUAGAAAUCAUCCAAUUAUAAAUAUAAAAGAAGCAUAUAUUUUAUCGAACCAAAAGAAAUCUUUAAGUGAUAUAAAUAUUGAAAAUCGUAAAGUAAGGGUGUUAAAUUUAUUAAAAAAAAAACAUAAAUUAUUGUCUGAAAUAUAUUCUAAUUAUUCAUCGUUACAAAAAAGAAUAGAUACGUUAUAUGAAUAUAUAAUGAGUGAAUUAAAAAAAAUAAAAAAAAAAAAAAUUAAUUUUUUAAUGGCAUUAAAAAGAUCGGUAUUAUCUGAAAUGUUAAUAAUAGAAUGGAUGGAAGCUUUUUUUUUCCAUGCAAAGCUAUCAUUGAAUUUAUCUGAUUUUAUACUAUACCAAAAAAAGCAUGAAUUAUUAACUCAAUUUUUAAAUUCCAAAACUAGAGAAUCUAAUUUAUUCAAAUAUAUACCUGAAUGGGUAUUUCAAAAAAUUAACAUCAAUUCAAGUUUGUCUAUUUAUGAAGAUUCCUUUUGUAAUGUUAGUCUAUUAAGUGGUGCUCCUAUUAAUGGUGCUAUCUUAAAAACAAAUGAAGAAGAAAAAAAUAAACUCACAUCUUUGUGUAAUUUCAAUAGCAUAUUUGAUCAAAAAAAUAAUUAUUUUACUUUAUAUGAUGAUAAUAAAAUUGGUAAAGGAAACGAAGAUGAAAGUGUAAAAUAUUCAAAAUUAAUUUCGAAAGAAAAUGAACAAGACAAAGAAAAAUGCACUAAUGAAAACAUUACAUCAAAUUAUUUGGGUCAGGGAGAUAUAAAUGAACUCGAUUAUCAUAUGACCAAUAUAGAAGACACUAAAAAUUUGCUUGUAUUAAAUGAAUUAGAUAAAAAUACGAUAUUUUCGAGUUUGAACAAUAGGGAAAUAAAAUAUAGUUUAGAAAAAGAAGAGAUAAAAGAAAUUGAUAAAAUAAAAAAAGAAUACUCUAUGAGAACUUUUUCACUAACUAAUGAUAAAAUUAUAAAUGCAAAUUUAUUAUUUUCAUUAUUUAAAAAUAGAUUAGGUGUACAAGGAAAAACAACAAAUUUAAAAAACAGUUAUAUAUAUAAAGAUUUAUGGCAGCAGUUGUUAAAUUAUAAAUAUAUAAAUAUUAUUCAUAUAUUAAAAGCAACAAAUAAUUUUAACAAUUUGGGUAUAUUUUGUUCUUUUUUAAAUAUUUCAAAUUAUUAUGAUAGUUUAGAAGAUUUUACAAAACAUGUAAUUAAGCAUGAAAUAUAUACAUUGCUAAAUAAAAAUAUUAAUUAUGAUGCUAAAAUGAAGGUGACUAAGCUUCUUGACAAUAUUGUUACAUUGUUAUCUAUUCAGGGUUUUAAAUUGUCUGCAUGUAUUGAUAGAUAUAUAAAUAUGUGUUUUUCCGAUGUACAAAAAAAUGAAAAUAAUAUUUUGCUUUAUGUUAAAGAUAAAAUUAUGAAUAAUAAUGAUAACAAAUUGUAUGAAAAUUAUAUAGAGCAUAAAAAAAAAACCUUGAAUGUAAAAAAUGGUGAUGGUGUGAAAUUACCUGAUGAAUAUGUAGAUUUGAAAAAUGAACGAAGAAACAGUGGAAAUUUCGACUCUAUUAAUGAUACAGCAUAUGAUGAACAUACUAAGGAUAUAGAUAGAGAAAGUGUGAUGGAACAUAACAUGGAUGAAGAAGCCCAGAAAAAACGUCUGACAAUCGACACAGCUGUUGAUGAAAUUAAGAAAGUUGCUAAUGAUACCGGGGUAGAAAACAGUGACAUAAUUAUGGAUAAUCACAUUGAUGAUUUUAAAUAUGAUAAUUUGGGUAACGAAGGAGAAAAUAUAGAAAUGAAAAAGCAAAGUGAUGUUUCUAACAUCGGAAAUGUAAAUGAUAGCGAAAAAGAAGAAUUUUUUACAUUAAAAAAAAUAAAGGAAUAUAUAUUUGUAUAUAUAGAAAAGCUAAUAAAUGAUUUAAUAAAUGUGCCCCAUAAAGAUUUAAAUGACAGUAUUAGAUUUAUAUUUUAUACAAUUCAUGAUGAAAUUGAUGGAAUACAUAGUGGCAUAAUAACAAAUAAAAAAAAAAUUAGCAUACACACAUUAACAUUAUGCUUAGAUUUAUUUAUUAACUCGAUUAUAUAUCAUUAUAUAUUUUAUGUACAUGAGAAAAAUGUAAAUAUUCAAAUGAAUGACAAUCCAUUAUUGUAUCAAAAAGUAAUACUUUUGUUUGGUGAAAUAUUGAGAGAAAUAUCUAUUUAUAUAUUUCAAAUUUACAAUUUAGGAGUUUACGAUGACAAUUUAACUACAUUUAUAAAUAAUAUUAAAAAUAAUAAAAUGCUUACUCGGAAGGCUACCAAUGAAAAUAUGUUCUUUAUGGAUGUAUCUCAGAAGCUUUUUACAUGGAUGCUAAAAAACUUAGAAUCGCCAAGGUAUUAUGCCCCCAUUAAAUGGAGCUAUAACGAAGAAAUAGAAACAAGUUAUGGAAAUAUUGUGAAGGAAAUUAUAAAGCUUGAUAAAUUAGCGAUGGAAAAUUGUACUAAUGAUAAUGUUGAUUAUAAUAUAUUAUUUAGUGCUACAAAUUUUAAGGAAAUUUUAGAUUUGUGUUAUUCAAUAUGUGACAGUUAG